GCUUGUUACCGGAAGUGAGUGUGCAGGUUGUUGCUGACACUUCCGGUAGCGGUGACCCGGUGUUUCUCUCACGUUUUCCGGUAGCAGCAGAUUAUUCGUCCUUAUUCCUCUCCAGACAUGAGGGAUGUGACCGGCUUCCUCCAACUGCAGCAGAGCCAGAGCUCGACGCCCGAGACCGCGGCAGUGUGGCACCGGCUGGAGGAGCUCCAUAACAAGAAGCUCUGGCAUCAGUUGACCCUGCAGCUUCUGGAUUUUGUAGAGGAUCCUGAGUGCGCAAAAGGAGAUGGACUCAUCAAGCUUUAUGAGAACUUCAUCAGUGAUUUUGAGCACAGAAUUAAUCCAUUAUCUUUGGUUGAAAUAAUCCUCCACGUAGUCAGACAGAUGACUGAUCCCACAGUGGCGCUUAGCUUUCUAGAGAAGACACGAGAGAAGGUCAAAAGCAGCGAUGAGGCUGUGAUACUCUGCAGAACUGCCAUUGGAGCUCUGAAACUGAACAUAGGAGACUUGCAAGCCACUAAGGAAACAAUUGAAGGUGUGGAUGAGAUGCUCGGAGCACUGCCUGGUGUGACUUCUGUGCACAGUCGUUUCUAUGACCUUUCUAGCAAAUAUUAUCAGACAAUCGGCAAUCACGCUUCCUAUUACAAAGAUGCUCUGCGAUUUCUGGGUUGCACAGACCACAAAGACCUACCAGUAUCAGAGCAGCAGGACAGAGCAUUCACUCUUGGGUUGGCUGGUCUAUUAGGGGAUGGAGUUUACAACUUUGGAGAGCUGCUGAUGCAUCCAGUCCUGGAGUCGCUGCGUAGCUCUGAACGACAAUGGCUGAUAGACACCCUCUAUGCCUUCAACAGUGGUAAUGUAGAGACCUUUCGAGCCUUGAAAACAGCAUGGGGACAACAGCCGGAUCUUGCUGCCAAUGAAUCCCUUUUACUAAAGAAGAUUCAGCUACUUUGUUUAAUGGAGAUGACGUUUACACGGCCAGCAAACCAUCGUCAACUGACAUUCGAAGAGAUCGCAAAGAGUGCACAGGUCAACGUUAAUGAUGUGGAACUUCUUGUUAUGAAGUCCCUGUCUGUGGGUUUACUGAGGGGCAGCAUUGAUGAAGUAGAUAAGAAAGUACACAUCACAUGGGUUCAGCCCCGGGUUCUUGAUUUGCAGCAGAUCAAGGGCAUGAAAGACCGUUUAGAGUUCUGGUGCACGGAUGUGAAGAGCAUGGAGAUACUGGUAGAACACCAAGCCCAUGACAUCUUGACAUAGAGUCAAAACAAGAGAUUGCACCAGUCCCCACUCUGCCACAAGUACAGUCUGUACUGGUCAGCGUGAUGUACAGGUUAUUCCAGGACUAUUGUGGAGCGAUUUCUCCUUCCGAUGUUUGAGGCAUUUGCCAUGUUUUCUGGCUUUAUAGAGAGGAUGCCGCCUCUUUGUGUCGCUCUAGGGUUUAUGUCUGCCCAAAGAUGGCAAAUAAACCACUUUCUGUAAACUUCUUUCAUAA